UAGUUCAACCAUUAUGGAAGAUCCAGUUUUUUAAAAAAUUUUGAGACCAAUUUCAUGGGCCAUUGAUGAUCAUUUUAAAAAAUGACCCAGGUGUACUUAAGAAGAAUGCUUUAUAUCAAAAUUUUAAAUAAUAAUGCUCAAAUUUUGUUUUUCUUUAUUUUCAGUCCAAGGACUUAGUCUGCCAUGUCCCUAAAGAAGAUUCACUGAGUUUUGAACUGAGUCUUUGCGGUGUUGCAUUUUUGCUCUCCGUAGUGUACUCCAGAGCACAGUUAUUUUUUGCUAAAAGAUGGUGCAGACUUUCUUUUAUUUUUUCAGACCUGAGAUUCUCAAUGAAGAGAGUCAGUCACACAGAGUUAAGAGAGUUUGUUUUCCAAAAUUUCUCCAGUUUUCAAGAACAUCAGCUCAUACUUUUUGUGGUCUUUCUCACCCUCUACAUCUUAACUCUGGCUGGCAAUAUCAUCAUUCUGGCUAUAAUCUAUGUUGACCAUCACCUCCAAAUGCCAAUGUACUUCUUUUUAAGUGUGCUAUCCAAUUCAGAGACUUUCUAUUCCCUGGUCAUUAUCCCAUGCAUGCUUUCCAGCCUUGUAGGACUGAGCCAAUCCAUUUCCCUGGAGGGCUGUGGGACUCAGCUCUUUUUUUUCCUUAGCUUUGCCAUCACCAACUGCCUCCUGCUAGCCGUGAUGGGAUAUGAUCACUAUGUGGCCAUCUGCAACCCACUUGGCUACUCAGUCAUCACGAAUUGGAAGGUGUGUGCUAUACUGGCAUCCUCAGUCUGUGCCACAGGGUUCCUCCUGUCACUGGUUCAGACUGUGGCCAUUUUCAGACUGCCCUUUUGCUCCCCACUGAUUGAGCAUUUCUUCUGUGAUAUUUGGCCUGUGUUGGACCUGGCCUGUGCUACCCCAGUGACCAAUGAUAUUCUGACCUUAAUUAUCAGCCUCCUUGCCAUCACAGCCCCAGCCACCUUCCUCUUCAAGUCUUAUGUCCUUGUUAUUUCCACCAUUCUCAAGAUCGCCUCAGCUGGAGGCUGGAAGAAGACCUUCGCCACCUGUGCAUCCCACCUCACUGUGGUCAUUAACCACUAUGGCGGUGCUUCCAUUGUCUACUUCAAGCCCAAGUUGGAGAAUACUAAAGAUCAGGAUCAGUUAAUCUCAGUGACCCACACUGUCUUAAUACCUUUACUAAACUCUGUUGUGUAUAGUCUGAGAAAUAAAGAAGUCCAGGACGCUCUGCAGAGAGUGCAGGGUAGGAAAUUCUUCCCCUAAGAUGGUAAUCUCUUCUUAAAUAGUUGUGUGUGCCUUCCAGAUGGAAGCCUAUUGGUAAAGUCAUAGAGCCAGAAUUUUAUGUAAUCAGCGAAGCCUCAUACAUCACAGUCAGAGCUAAGGCAAAAGGCAAACUAGGAGCUACCCUCUAAUAAUUGAGGCGCAUUUUCUGAACCCCUUUUGAAAC